UGCAUUGUAAGUGACAUGCUGGCAAAGCUGAGCAACUGAUCAUCAGAUCCCGGCAUGGUGUUAGACAUGGCUUCUGAGGCUGCUCAAAAUUUCCUUCAGCCGCUGUCUUCUUGGAUCUCUCAAAUAUAUGAAGCUAUCCAACAAGCAGGAGACUCUAUCUCCGCGUCACUGCUGAGCCUGAGCGGAGCAGGUCGUAAGUCAGAGGGUGAGAAGAGGAACCAGGACUUGGAGGAUAACGCAGGCGUUGGUGAGCUUUACUCUGAGGACUCGGACGAUGAAAGGCACCUGGACUUGUGGGAUGAGGAGUACUUGCAUCCUGGAGUAGAUGGCCACGUUCCACACACAGGUCCUGGUUCUGCUGCUCAAGGCCUCCCUUGUGGCUCUGACGUGGCUCUGCAGAGGCAAAAACGGGUUAAAGUUGCCACCAGCUUGACAGAGCAGCAUGCUGAAAGCCCCAGGCCUUUGGCAGCCAGUGGAUCGGACCGGGCUGGUGAGGAGGAGCUUCCUACCACUGCAGAGGACGAAGGUCUGUCCCACGUGAGGACAAGUGACCAGCAGCCCAGCAUCAGCACGGGUGGCUCCUUAAACCAUCAUAAGGGCAAGGCAAGCUUAGCAGAUUUGGAUGGAUUAAGCCAACUGAGUUGCCAAGACAACCUGUCGUAUCGCGAAGAUGACCGUGUGUCUGCUGAUUCAAGCGCAGUGACAGAGAGCAGGGGCUCCGGGCAGCGCGGAGGACGCGGGAUGGAGUCCAGCCUUCCUGGUGGCGUUAGCCGGCCGGCCGCGGAAGCGCGCGUGGAAACGGCUGCGGCGUUUCCCAACCAGGGCCUGCAAGGAAAUGAUGCUACCGACAGCUCGUCGGCGUGGAGCGCUGAGGAACGAGAUGAAAUGAACAGUCUCCUGGUUCCUCACAGUGUUCGUGAGCCCAUCUGCAAGUGUGGUGAUCUAGAUGUCACCUUCAGUUAUAAGGCCUCAAGUCAGAAGCUGGUAGUGACUAUCCUGGAGGCCAGGGAUAUCCCGGACAAAGACCGCAGCGGUGUGAACACCUGGCAAGUGCACACAGUCCUGAUGCCCAGCAAGAAACAGAGGGGGAGGACGAGUGUUCAGAGAGGACCCAUCCCCGUGUUCAAGGAUAAAAUUACCUUUAGCAAGCUGGAGCCCGAGGAGCUUGGCGGCCACGCAAUCCGCUUCCGCCUCUAUGCCGUGCACAAGAUGGUUGGCGAGAGGAUGAUGGGAGAGCGGUUGUUCUGCCUGAGCAACGUCAGCCAGGAGGAGGAGGUGAAGGUGACGCUGGUCUUGGAGCCCAGGAGCAAUCUGAGUAGCGGAGACUCGCAGCUUAGUCUGUCAACAAUCUCUCACAGUGAUAGCGCUUCCUCAACACAGUCCCUGGCGCAUGGAGGGGUGCCAGAGCUGCUCGUGGGCUUGUCGUAUAAUGCCACUACGGGGCGGCUGGCAGUGGAGAUGAUCAAAGGCAGCCACUUCCGAAACCUGGCAAUUAACAGGCCACCUGACACCUACGGAAAGCUCUGUCUGCUCAACUCGGUGGGCCAGGAGAUGUCUCGCUGCAAGACCUCCAUCCGUCGAGGACAACCCAACCCCGUCUACAAGGAAACUUUCAUUUUCCAGGUUGCUCUCUUCCAGCUCUCCGACGUCACGCUCAUGAUUUCCAUAUACAACAGACACAGCAUGAAGCGCAAGGAGAUGAUCGGCUGGAUUUCUAUGGGUCAGAACAGCAGUGGAGAAGAAGAACAAGAUCAUUGGCAAGAAAUGAAGGAGACGAAGGGGAUGCAGGUGUGCAGGUGGCACACACUGCUGGAGUCCUAAUGGUUACCAGGAGACCCUGCAGGUCCCGAGACUGUGGGCUGCUCUUCCCUCUUCUCAGCCAG